UUCCGAGGUCUCUCACUCGAGGAGUAACGCGCGCACGUACCGCACACGUUCCAGGAGGUUGUCGGGUUGUUCAGUUUUGUUCAGCGAGUGUUCGAGUGGUUCCGUUGAUUGAACAUCGAGGAGUUCGUAGAUCGACCGGUUGAUCCUGCGCAAGGAUCGUGGCGCAGAUCGGAUCGGAUCGUGGUGUUAGAGUUUCUUGUGGGGUGUUGUGUCUUCUUGAAGAACAAUCAAGUGUGUGUUUUAAUUGGAUAAUUACGGGUGAUGUGAAGUCAAGCAGUUGAAGCAGACUUGGAACGUCGACGACUUCACGGAACGUAGAAGAAGAGAGGAAGGAUUCGCAGUGGAUUACGCGAAGUGAGGGGAAAAACAACAAAGGGUAGCAAGGUGUAUAGCGUCAAGGUGUACUAAUUGGUAAUGUGACAAAAAGUUAAGCGGCUUAAUCGUGUUCAGCGCGGAAGACGUAUUACUCAGUGAGUAAACACCUGGAUUCAACGGAGCAAUGUGAUCGGAGUUGUGUUGAAGGAAGAGCGAUCAACUAGUGGCAAUAAACAGCAAUCGUGAAGUGAUGAGAACGUGCAAGCUGGAUUCAGCUAGUUAGAAAAGUAUCAACAAAUCAGAACAAAGACCUGCAGGUCGACAUCAAGUGAAGUGGACAAAGCAUCUUCGUCGAAGAGAAUCCUAUCGAAGAAUCCUUGGAAAGUUGAAGCAGAACCAUGGAGUCAGACGGAGAACGUGACAACGGCUACGGUCAUUACAACUCACCACAGCAUCCUCAGUCGGCAGCCCAACAGAGCUACCACCGAUCAUACGAGGACUACAUGCAGCAACAACAGCAACAACAACAGCAAAACCAGCAACAGAGUCAACAGAACCAGUCAUCACAGGCCAGUUCACCGCUACCCGGAGGCGGAGGUAGUGGUAGUAUGCUAGCCCCCCAGAGUCCGGGAAUGCUCGGCUCGGCCGGCGGCAGCAACGGCAUGAUGCACUCACCGCUGAUGCAGUCCCACUCGCCGUUGCAUCCCUCGAACGCGGGCCUGCUGAACUCGCAGUCCCCGCUGCUGUCGAACUCACCCCUGAUGAGUCAGUACUCGCCGUAUCAGGACGUCAUACCGACGAUCCUCCCGCAGGAUGAUCCCGGCGGAUGGGGUGGCUACACGCUCGCUCCGGGACCGUAUCAGAGUGAAUUUUGUGCCUCCAACUAUGGGGUGUUGCACCAGCGGCAAGCCUACGGGGGUCCCGGGGGGAAGAUGGGACCCCACGCGACGCUCAAGAGUGCCAAGGAAGCGCGCAUCCGGCGACCGAUGAACGCGUUCAUGGUGUGGGCCAAGGUCGAGCGGAAGAAGCUCGCCGACGAGAAUCCAGAUCUCCACAACGCCGAUCUCAGUAAAAUGCUAGGUAAAAAAUGGCGCUCGUUGACACCGCAGGAUCGACGACCGUACGUCGAGGAGGCCGAGCGGCUCCGGGUGAUCCACAUGACCGAGCAUCCCAACUACAAGUACAGGCCACGCCGGCGGAAGCACACGAAGGCAAGAAGCGGUGGCGGUCCGGGUACGAAUGGAACGGUGGCAGCAGCAGCCCAAGUCCAGGUGGCCAACAAUACUCAGAACGUGAGCAAUUCCUCGCCAAGCGAACUCAACUUUGACGGAGACUCGUCGCAGCGGAUGAGUCCGUACACGUACAACCCGCACUACUAUGCCGGAGCGAACAACGUGCUGAACACGCCGGAGUCUAGCCCGACGCAAAGUCCCGAACCGAUCGUGCCGGCGUCGGCGGCGAUGGUGAGUGGAGGAAGGAAACAAGGUGCGAACUCCUCGGUGGAUGUUGGCCAGAAGAUGGACGACGUAUCGUCCGCGUUGCCAACGCCGGAGAUGAGUCCGCUCGAGCUGGAGAAGGAAUCGUACAAUGGACUGCACCCGAGCCAUAGCUAUGACGAUCUGAAGAGCAAACAGAAACUCAACUACGAAAGCUACCACAACAACCACAUCAAGAGCGAACAGAAACUGCCCGCGACGUUCCCCAAUAGCUACCACGAUCAUGACGGUGAGAUCAAGCGGGAGUACAACCCGUACAUGAACUCCAGCGUGGAGAAGCGGUACACUUACGAGCCGGCCACCAGCAUGUCCAACGGACUGCACCACGACAAGCGAGCCUAUAUGGCUGCGACGUCCGGCUCGACGACCACCACCGCCAUGGUCAACGGCAUGUACGUCAUGUGCACGAAUCGAAGCAUCCUGGACCAGGGCCACAUCGUCACCGGUACGUACUUCCCACCGCUCGCCACGUCCGAGGAUCACCAGACGCUCGGUACCACCCUAACCACCAGCCAUGUGCCGCAUCUCAGUACAAACAGCAAUAGCAGUAGCAGUAAUCACAACAACAAUAGCAACAACAACAACCCCGCCAGCAACGGUUCCACCCUGCCCAAGUCCAGCAAUGGACUGCUAAGCAGUGUCCACCUCGGCGGCGGCAACCCAGCCCAGAUCCCGACGUCUCAACCGUCCCAAAACUCCCUCACCGCGGAACAAAUCAACAGCUACUACGGCGUCAACUCCAUCUCGUCCGCCCUGCCCGCCUACUCGUACGCCUACAAGGACUACGGCAUCACGUACGAGACGCACCCAAUGGGCCAGGACGAGGGCAUGGACUCGCGCGAGCUGGACAAGUACCUGAAAUACCCGGACAGCAAUCACAACUUCAACAGCUACGAGUCGUACCACUACGGCCACCCGCAAACCGAUUACUACAACUAUCACCAGCAGAACGCGUCGCUACUGGCGCAACAGCAACAACAUCAACAACAACAACAGCAAUCCCAACAACAGCAGCAACAGUUAUCGCUGGGAGCGGCUUCCCCUGCGGGAAGUAACCAUGGUUCAGCGGGGACGGGUGCCGUGACCACUCCGGUGGCGCUGUACGCGGUACCGCUGCAACAUUCGCAGCUUGCGGCGCAGCAGCAGCAACAGCAGCAACAACACCAACAACAGCAACAGCAGCAGCAGCAACAGCAAGCUGCGGGUCUUCAUCCUGGCCAUCCUGCGCAUGGUAUGGCCGAUAUCUAUGUGACCAGUGAGCAGUUGAAGGAUGAUGAGUUUAGCAAUAUACUGGCUGGUGUGAGGAAGACGUGUUACAGUAACUAGAGCAGGGUUUCGGGAGGAAAGUGGUGGAUGGCAAUGAUUCGAGUCAAUAUGGAAGAAAAGUAUACGAAAUUGUAUUUAUGGUUUAUUUUUUCAUCUUUUGAAAAAACAUUCUCAAUUUUUGGUUUUCUUCAUUAUUAAUAAAAAAACGUUAUUUAAUCCGCCCUUAGGUGGUUGGUGCCUUCCUCACAUUCGUUGGAAAGUUCAUUUAAUUACCUAUCCAACAACAGGUCGCAUGAUAUAUUUGGACAACGUUUUCAUCAAAAUAUCUGAGAUCUGGCCUCCAAAAAGUGCAUAAAUAACACUUAAGUGCUUAUAACUUUCGAUAGGGUUGUCAGAAUUUCAAUGUUUUGGACGCGUUGGAAAGAUCUUUUGAUUACCUGUUCAACGACAGGUUGCAUGACAGUUCCGGACAACGUUUUCAUCAUGAUAUCUGAGAUCCGGCUUCCAAAAAGUACAUAAAUAACACUUAAGUGCUACUAACUUUUGAUAGGGUUGUCAGAUCUUCAAUGUAUUGGUCGCGUUGAAAAGGUCUUUUUAAACCUUUCUAAAAAUGCAUAACAUGCCAGGUUUUAUUACAAAACCACCCUUUUUACAAUAUUCCGGACUUUUGUUAAAAUCGUUUUUUUAGCAUAACUUUUGAUGUACUUAACUAAACCGCAUAACUUUUAAUAGCGACUUAUGGGACCCCAAGACGGAUCGAAUGACGCCAAAACGGACAAAAUCGGUUCAGCCAAUGUCAAGAUAAUCGAGUGAAAAUUUUUUGAUCAACAUCCCACCACACACACAGACAUUUGCUCAGAAUUUGAUUUUGAGUAGAUAGGUAUACAUGAAGGUGGGUCUAGGAGGUCUAAUUGAGAAGUUCAGUUUUCGAGUGAUUUUAUAGCCUUUCCUCAGUAAGGUGAGGAAGGUAAAAUGUCAUGUAGAUAUAAGUUGGAAAAAUUGGCCCAAUUUGUGAUUCGCAAAAUUGUCCAAUGCUAUUAGGUUUUACGCCGAAUCGAUUUGGAGGUUAGAAAGGAGUGCACUGUUUACAUGGACUUAAUUAGCACAGUUCGAUGCGGUUGUCGAUUUUGUUCGGAGAAAUUCGUCGACAAUCGACGAAGACCAUGUAAACAGUGCACACGAGCUGUCAAAUGACGUCACGGCGUAAAACCUAAUUAGGUUUUACAGCGUGACGUCACGAGCGCACACUCACACACAUUUUUACUAAGACACACGUGCAAAAAAUGUAAACAGUGCAGCCAAGCUGUCAAAUUUCUAACCUCAAAACCGAGUCGGCGUAAAACCUAAUUGCGAGUAUUUUUCUUUUCUUUUUUUAUUUUUUCUGCAAUAAAAAAAUCCAAUUUGAAAAAUGCAGACUUUUUGUCAACAAAAUACAGACUUCUCCUGCGAAGAAAAUGGCAACGCUGUACACGGCCCUUUUGUUGCGAUCAGACUCGUCCAUUUGAGGGUAUGUUGAAAAUCACCCUUUUCUGGCGUCGACUUAAUAUUUUGUUAUCAUAACUUUUUAACAACUUUACGAUUUUCAGUUACAAGCUGUAAGAUCCGAAACUGGACUGAGUAGACCACAUCCGGACAAAACUCGUUCAGCCAAAGCCGAGAUAUCGCUAUUACCAGAUUUUGUAUUAAAAAACUAAUGAUGCAAAAUUACUUCUUUUGACAUUGGUAAUAGAUGGACAAGGUUUAUCUAAAACGAAAAACAAAAGAACGUAGAGAUUUUUUUUCAGAAGUUAAAAAAAACACAAAAAUGUUUAUAAAUAAUGAGGCUUCGCUUUUUUUCAGUGGUUAUUUUUUUCUAAACUAAUUUUAAAGUCCCUUUAAAAGCAGCUGUUUGGUUAAAUCUAAUGAAAAAGUAUAUAACUUUAACUAAAACUCAAUAAUAUUUAAACAAGUUCCUUUCGAUUCGAAUCAUCUGCCACGCCUUCCCAAAACUACACUGUAUAAAUUCAAUACUCAAUAAUUUCAACACCUUCAGAACAAUCCGCAGAAUAAAUUCACUACCGUACGUUCAAACGAUGCAAUAAUCGCACCUAAUAUGUGAACAACAACUGUAAAUAUAGUUCUGUAAAGUCACAACUUUUCAGUUCAUUUCCCUGUAAAUAUAGCGCUCUCACACUCUAAACCUGGAGCAUAUCGAAGCAUUCGUUUUAUCAGUAUUCAAUUACUAUUUUUCGUGUUUAGACCAAUUAUCACUCGUUAGUAUCGCAAUACUUGUUUGCCAGUUUUGUUUUCUAGUAUCUCUGUACACCAUAUAUAACCAUGUACACGUGUGCGUUUUUCCACCCCCGCAAUUUUCAACCCCGAAAUCGAAUGAUCUUCAUUUUCCCCAGUUAAAAAAAUUUCACCUUGAAGAUUUUCAGCAAAAAAAGCCCACCGCGUGUUAUUUUGUGACCCUCAGCAAAGAAGAACGAGAAUUUAGUAGAAUUACGUGCGCGUGGGAACGUCCAUCCAAGCGCCACAGUUUCGAACGAAACGGAUUAGGAGGAAGUUUUAUAUCUUAGCAAUAGUAAUGACUCUUACAAUUAUGAAGCUGAACAGCUCGCUCUCAAUCAACGUCGUCGUCGUCGUCGUCGCUUCAAGUGGCUCAGAGGAAAAACCAAAGGUUUCAGAAACGAUAAAUAAUAAAAUAGUUUCUCUUCAAAUUUUGAGUCCGACAAAGGUAAAUAAAGUUUGUACAUAAAACGCAAUUAAUCGACGCGACUCGCGAGAGAGAGAGAGAGAGGUAGAGCCGGAUUGGUUGAAAAGCAGCGACCUGUAAUUGAGUGUUAAUAAAUAAUCAUAAAUUAAUUACUUUAGCGAAUUGCUACCGACACGAUGAUUUAUAGGAAAGUGCUUCGUUUUCCUGGUUGAAUUCGGACCUGAAGGCGGGUUUGCGUUUUGGGGCUGCCCCAAGAAUAAUUUAAUGGAGCCAUUUAUAUGCAGCUCCCAUCAGGUCUCGGUCAUUUUUUUUAGUGCGACGAUAAUGCGAUUCACAAUAUUUUUCUUAGAAGUAUAUAUAAAAAUAGCUUAAAGUACAUACGACGACUACACCUUAAUAAGUUUAUAUGUACCAACGCGCGGGAUUGCAUGCCUCAUCAUCGUGAUUUCUUCUGAUUCUUACUUUUUUUUUAAUUAUUGUAACUAAAUCUAGCUUUGCGAAGCAAGUGCGAGCAUGCUCGCGAUAGAAGUAAGAGACAAACCAGAGGCAGAGAGGUAAUAAAAUUAAAGAACACGAACACACACACACACAAGUCGUAAUUAGUACUCUGCGUAGAGACUCACUUAGAGACUUAAUUUAUUAGUGAAUUAGCAGAAGCAAUCCAUUUUGAGCAAGGGAACUUCACAAUAUUGGCCGAUCGUGCAUCGUGUUCUAUCUA